GAGAAACAAUCCGUUGGAAUUACAGAUUAUAGAAUAUUUUUUUUCUGUUAUUUUAUCAUUGCUAAAUUGGCUUAAAAGCGUUAAAAAAAAGCCAUUUAGAGAGCAUAUAAUAAAGGCAUUACGCUUGAAACCAGUUACAAUAUUAAAUAUAGUUGAAUUAACAGAUACAAAAUACCAACAGAAAUGUCUGACGAUGAUGCAAAAAAAGACGAUUCAUUCGAAAGUUGUGAAGAAGAGGAAGAUGAAUCAUUUGGGCCUGCAGCUUUGGGUUUACAUCGAGUUGGAACUGAAUUACCGAAAAAGAAGAAAGGAUCACCACUACAAAAGCUCAAUGCUCGUGGUAGACCAGCAAGAAUACGAAAGAAAAACUCAAAAUAUGAAGAUGAAUUAGAGGAAGGAAAAUCUCCAACGAAAGGUUCUCCAAUCAAAAAGCCACUUGUAAAGACUCCUCUUUCGUCACCACUUAAAGCAAUCGUUAAGUCAGCUAAAAAGCUAGCACCAAAAAGUAGAAAAAAAGAUGAAAAUGAUGAUUCAGACAUUGAAAAUGAGAAUGACGAUGAUAGCUCAGAAUCAGUAAAGAGUGGACAAAAAGGUAUAAAGCGAGGUCCAAAGAAGAAGGUUUUAAAGACUACAACGACAUACACUGAGGCAAUGAAUAUGACGAAUAUUGAUAAGAAGGCAUGUCAAAGGAUUGGAUUACGAUUAAGAAAUUUAUUGAAGCUUCCAAAAGCCCACAAGUUUGUCAUGUACGAGUUCUUCUAUAGCAACAUUGAUCGAUCCAUAUUUCUUGGAACUAAUGAUUUUGAAAUAUGCUUGGUUGACAUGUUUCCAAGACUUAAGACACGCAUGAUGACACGUAUUGAAUGGAACAAGAUUCGUAGGACUUUUGGAAAGCCUAGACGAUGUAGUGCAAAGUUUUUCGAGGAAGAAAGAAUUGAAUUGGAACGUAAGCGUCAAAAAAUUCGUUUAUUGCAAUCGAGAAAGACUGGAGAUUCAUCAUUUGUCUGCGAUUUGCCAGCUGAAAUUCCUGUGCCAUUUACAAUAGGCACAAAAGUCACUGCUCGUUUACGUAAACCACAAGACGGUCUGUUUACUGGUACUAUUGAUGGCUUGGUUCAUAAAAGUCACUCAUAUCGAAUUGUUUUUGAACGUCAAGGAAUUGGGUCUCAAGAAAUUCCUGAUUAUGAAGUUAUGGCAUCAGAAUUUCAAGAUACAUUAAACUUGAAUAAAUUGACAAAGGAUUUCAUUAAUCGACCAGAUAUUUCCUAUUACAUGGUAUCGCCAUUGAAAUUAACUGGAGCAUAUUCAUCAUUUGCUGGACAUCAUGUUAACACCUUCCAUAAAAAUGAUCCAAUGUUGUCAUCAAGUAGCAGCUUUAUAAAACUUGAAGGAUAUCAAAAACCAAAGCUCCCAAAUCUAGUUUUACCAACAACUGGAUCAAUUGGCGGAUAUCCAAUUAAAUUACUUGAAACAAUGGUUUUGGUACGAAAAACGCUUGAAAUUAAGCAUUUACAACUUCUCAAAAUCCGUAGACUUAAUGUUGAAGCUGAAGUCGUUAAAUCUUUUGGGGAUAAUGCACCGGAAGACUUUCAAAAGAAAUAUGCAACACUUUUAGUCGAAAUGGAAAGGAUUAAUCGCGAUUUAGCUGACUAUAUGAAUAUAUUGCAAGCACAAGUUGACUUAUUUGUCACAGAUCCAGAUGAGCUUCAAACAAUCACGCCAACAUAUUUGAGAGAAAAAUGUCGGGAUUUGGCAAUGCAGACGUUCGCUAAGAAUAAUAAUAAUGCUAUUCAGGAUGACACGAUGAUAAGAUUGAUAGGAAAUUUAGCGACAAUUAUGUGGGUGACAUCAAACUUGAAGAAUGAGCAAUAUACAAAUGUGGAGGAAGUGCUUAGUGGAUGUUUAAUAGAGACAAGCAAGUCAUUAGAUCCAGAAAAUAGGUCGCUAUUCGAGAGAAGUGUUCAAAGUCAUAUCCAUCAGAUACAAAUUGGAAUUUUUGACGAUAAUAAUCAGCCACAACCGCAAGAAAUUGAAGUGCUUGAAGAGGAUUAUGUUCUUGGUAUUUAAAUUUAAUUAUUUUCUAUUAUGACAUUUAGUUGAGAAUGAAGUGUGAGAAGACAGCACUUUACUAUGACUUUGGAUUUAUAAUUUUUUU